GUGUUAUCCACUCGUCUUGGUAGAAAGCCAGAGGACAUUGUGAAAUUAGACGCUAACGAGAAUCCAUAUGGCCCUCCUCCAGAGGUAAUCGAGGCUUUGGGUGCUAUGAAAUUUCCAUAUAUUUAUCCUGAUCCUGAAAGCCGUACCUUGCGUGCUGCCCUUGCUGAAGACUCUGGCCUUGAAUCUGAGUAUAUUCUUGCUGGGUGCGGUGCAGAUGAACUCAUUGAUUUGAUAAUGCGGUGCGUAUUGGAUCCUGGUGACAAGAUUCUUGACUGUCCACCCACCUUCACAAUGUAUGAAUUUGAUGCAGCUGUAAAUGGUGCACAUGUCAUCAAAGUGCCUAGGAACCCAGACUUUAGCCUGGAUGUAGAACGGAUUGCCGAAGUGGUUGAACAUGAGAAACCAAAGUGCAUAUUUCUGACAUCGCCUAAUAAUCCUGAUGGGAGUAUAAUUGACGAUGCAACGCUAUUGAAAAUACUUGAUCUGCCCAUAUUGGUAAUACUGGAUGAAGCAUAUGUUGAGUUUUCUGGAAUGGAGUCUAAGAUGAAGUGGGUGAAGAAGCAUGAGAAUCUAAUCGUUCUUCGCACAUUCAGCAAAAGAGCUGGUUUAGCUGGACUCAGAGUAGGAUAUGGAGCUUUUCCAAAGAGUAUUAUUGAAUUCCUUUGGCGAGCAAAGCAACCAUAUAAUGUGUCUGUUGCCGCUGAAGUUGCUGCAUGUGCUGCACUAAAGAAUCCCGCUUAUCUGGAGAAUGUGAAAGAGGCACUGGUGCAAGAAAGAGAGAGGCUAUUUAAUCUCUUGAAAGAAGUCCCAUUUCUUGAUCCAUACCCUAGCUAUUCUAAUUUCAUUCUCUGUAAGGUUACGUCUGGAAUGGAUGCUAAGAAAUUGAAGGAGGACCUUGCGACAAUGGGAGUGAUGAUCCGUCACUACAAUAGCAAAGAACUGAAGGGAUACGUUCGUGUGUCUGUAGGCAAGCCUGAACACACUGAGGCAUUAAUGAAAUGCCUCGAGCACUUCUAUUGAUCUUGCGAUGAAAUCUGAAGUGUCUUAUGUCCUCUCAAGAUGAAGACGAACUGGGAGUUACUCUUUGCUAUUUAUGCUAACUGCAAACAAGUCAUUCUUCAGAAUUCAGUUCUUCUUGUGUUGGAGGAGUUAUAUAGAGUGAUCUUGAUUCUCAAGUGUACAUUAUGUUGGAAAUUUCCAGGCACCCUGAUAAGUGGCAUUUGUAUUAUUGUACCUUCUGCAA